AUGAAGACCAUUGCCUUUGCCGCUUUGAUGAUCCUGGCUAGCGCCAGUGCCCUGCCUCAGGUUUCUGAUUUGAAUCAGAGAAGAGAUGUAGUCGAAGUUAUUCUUGACGUAAUUGAUAAAGUACGCGAGAAGAUUCAGGAUGGCUAUGACCCUUACGUUCUUGAGAAGGCCGAAGGCUCUUAUAGAUUCCCUAUUCCUGGAGUAUUUAGGGCUAGAGCUUCAAUUGAAGAUCUAAUAGUCACUGGCGCCAGCAACAUUGUGGUUGAAGACAUUGGUUAUUCGGUCAUGACUAACAAGCUUACUUUUGCCGUAGCUAUUCCUGAAAUUCGUGUAUCCAUUGGACGAGCUGAGGCUGAAGUGGCUUUCCUUGGACGUCCCAGUCAUCGUGGUUUCUUGGAUGGCAGGCUCGCUGUUACUGGUCUUCGUAUCUCCGGCGAACUCAAUGUUGAAGUUGAUGAUAGGUCUAAAGCUUCCGUUAGUGACGUUGUAAUCUCAACUAGUCUUGGUGGCAUUGAGUCCGGCAUUCACGUGAACAUUAUUGGCUACGACUUGUCCGGCUACGUCAACAACUUCCUGAACAAGUCCCUUCCCACUAUCCUCAACAACAACGCGGACCGAAUCAACCGAAUUCUUGAACAAGUCCUCACGUUUUUGCUCAACCGCAUCUUGUAA